CCUCCUCCCGCAUAUUCUGCUCAUCCACAUAACUCGGAACCCUCGGGGCAAGUGCAACAACCAAGUUCUUCUCAUGAACGUAUGCCUGGAGCUUACCCGGCUCACUGCACCUCGUCCUUUUUCGGCUCAAAUGCUACAACGUCAUUUAUACCCCCACCACAUUUUGGGCCCACUCCUCUAUUACAAUCUGAUCCUACCCUAGGGCUGUUGCCAUAUUAUGACCUACGUUCUCCGUACGCUAUUGCAGAAGCGACGUCGCGCGCACGGUGGCGCUUCAUUAAUGCCUCUCUGUGGGCGACCGUUAUCUUCAUGUGGUUGGCCGCGGUUGGUGCAUAUGGAGGACUG